AAACCAGAGUCUGGAUUCUGCUAUUUACUCGGACACUUACGCCAUCAUGGGAUUCGAGUCCAACAAAAACGAAUAUGGCAGUCAUUGUCUCGCGUUGAUAGACUAGGUCAGCGGUUACGUGAACAUCGUGUUAUAAAACGCAGGGUGUAUCGUGUCAAGAGGUCAAAUGCGCUCUGGCACAUUGACGGACACCACAAACUCAUCCGAUGGGGAUUUGUGGUCCAUGGAAUUAUUGAUGGUUACUGUCGAACGGUG